UUUUAAUAUAACAUGAUUAUUAAAAAGCCGUAUUAGUGUACAGAGAGAAGAGGUCGGUUGAGUGAGGGUCUGUCUGGCUGCCUGACACAAACCACCACGGUAUGUUUAAGGGAUCAUUUGACGGCUGAGAUUACUUGUUUCUCUCAUCAUAUCUGGCAACCCAGUGAGCAGCCAGUCUUCAGUGAGCCCGGACUGGAGGUCCUCUGUCACCCGCGGAAAUGUUCAAUACAGACAGACUAAAAGCUUUGGUCAGUGAGCGCCUGACAGCCGCUGCCGAGGACAUAUUUAACCUCUUUGAACAAACUAUUAAAGAGUAUGAGCAGCUUCGUUCAAAGGACGUCGACCAACAACGGAGGCUGGCCGGGUGGAAAGACCCCCUGCCGCUCUCUGUCCAGGAAGAGGAAGCUGCCUCUGAGCAGGAGGACUGUGAGAAGAAGACUGAGCAGUGUGAGGAUGACCAACAGCCUCUGCAGAUUAAAGAAGAACAGGAGGAGGAACUGUGGACUUCUCACACAGGUGAAAAGCAGGAGAAAGCUGAUACCAAAGACUCUAUGUUCAAUAUAAUUUAUGUGCAAAGAAGCGAUGAAGAUGGACCACAGUCCCCACAUGAAAACCAAGAAGAUGAAGAUAAAGGAGACCAUUUUCCCAGCAGCUCCUCUAAACAGUUGAAAUCAGAGGCUGAUACAGAAGCCUGCGGUGCAUCAGAGCCAACCAGUGACUGUCAGAUGAGUGAAGUCAGUGAUGAUGAAUGGAGAGACGGUGGAGGUGUAAACAGGAAGAAGCCACAGCAGGCCGAUGAGACAGCAGACAGGCCGUACACGUGCAGCGUUUGCAACAAGAAUUUCAGGAUUAAAUCGAUUUUGACUCGCCACAUGAAGACACACACGGGAGAGAAACCUUACAGCUGCAGUGUUUGUGGAAAGAGCUUCAUCCAGCGCUCCUAUCUGCAGACUCACAUGAACUCUCACUCUGGACAGAAACCGUACACGUGUAGUUUCUGCGGCAGAGGGUUCACGCAAGUUGGAAACAUGAACGCGCACAUACGGAUCCACACGGGAGAGAAGCCUCACAGCUGUACUGACUGUGGUAAAAGCUUUAGAGAGAAAGCCGAUCUUAUCAAGCACACAAUCAUUCACACUGGUGAGAAGCCCUACAUUUGCACUGUAUGUAGUAUGAAAUUCAGCGCUCAGUCUAAUCUAACACGCCACAUGAAGACUCAUUCGGGGGAGAGGCCAUAUUGUUGCACUGCCUGUGGGAAAAGAUUCAUUCGGCGCUCCCAUUUAAUCAUUCAUAUGAAGACUCACACAGGAGAGAAUCUGUAGACUUGAGAAAUGACUACGUUUGCUCCAUGGCAUUUCUUUGAUAAUUUCGAGGACGAGGACUUUCUUUCCACCUUCACAAAUACACCAAACCUUGUACAAACAUUUUCUCUACAAGUUAGUUGUUGUUGUUGCUGUAUAGUUUUGUACAGUACGUACAGUAUAGUUUGUCAGUGAUGCCCUUUGCAGUGGCCUAUUAGUAGAUGACACAUUUUCCUUCCUUCCCCAUGAAAAAAGCAAAACAAAAAAUUUGUUAGUUCCUCAAUACUUUCCACAAUAGACCUGUGCCAAUUUAUUCUGACUUUGUAAAUCUUUAUGAUCCAGUCAUAAAUAUGUAGUUUUGUUUUUUAAAGGCUCAGUAAUUUCCCUAAAAUAGCUUCCCAUAGCAGUUUUUAGCAAUUGUUACUCAAACAAGAGUAAAUAGUGUAUUUGUUGGGGACUAUUUUCAGACUUUGAUCUGUGGCCCUAUUAAGUAUUUCCUGCAGCAGGAAGGUGUGCGUGGGGGUGACUCAAAAUACACAGUACCAUCAUAAAACCUGACCUGUUUAUGACCUUUGUUGUAAUGAUUUAGACAAAGUUUUUCUUUUAAAUCAAGACAUCCUCUGGUUUUUUUAUAAUGAUGGGAUCAUAGAGAUGAAUGGAGACAGAUCAUAAAAAAGCAUUGAUGUAUUUUUUUCUCAUCAUUUUAUGUUUUCAUUUAAUCUUGUGUUGAUUUCUAAAGCAUAUUUUACUUUUAAAAGGUUAAACAACCACUCUGCCACUGAAAUGUUGUCUGUAUAUUGUCCACCUCAAGACUGAGAAAAAAUGUAAAUGUCCUUCAGAGAAUCCAAGAGAGUACGUUUUACUUUUGAGUACAUUUCAGAGCCUGUACUCAAAGUAAAAAGAAGUUUAAUCAGUACUUCUAUUUUUACGUCUACUGUGAAUGUGUGCUCUUUUGCAACCUCUGCCACUAGAUGCCACCAAAUCCUACCGACUGCUCCUUUAAGAAUGACAUUUAAGACUAUCAUCAUCCAUCAUCUAUUCUUUAUUUAAACCUUUUUCUCAAAACAUGUUGACUUUUUCCACUUCUGGAUAGCUGAAUAGCAUUUAUUUUAAGUUACUUUGUGUGUGUGAAGUUGAUUAUAAGCAAAUAAAUUAAGAAGAAUCUUCAAAUUGCUGCAGCUUUGAAAUAAAAAAAAAUCCACUUUGUAAAUCCA